AUGGGAGCCCAUAAUGUCGGGUACCAGCCUAACGAGGUCGAACUCGCAUAUGUGCGCAAAGCCUACGAAAACAGCUCCGCCUUCAUCACCGUCUGCGGUGGAAUACAGGCAGCGCUGGACGCCGGAGUGCUCAAGGGUAAGUCGGCAACGUGUCCGCGGUUCUUGCUGCCCUAUGCCCGGAAGACUGCCCCGGACACCAAAUGGGAGGAGAAACGUUGGCAGCGCGAUGGCAAGCUUUGGACGAGCGGAGCGUUGCUCAACGGACUGGACCUUAUACGUGCUUUUGGCAAGGAGAUGUGGGGAGGCGAAGGGUCACUGGUGAACUAUUGGUUGGAAAUGGGCCAUUUCCCUGAAAGGGAUGUCAAUUAUGGUGACGCCCCUUCAAAGGUGUAG